AUGACCAAGUCUCUGUUUAUUGGAUUGGCGAGGCUGCAAGUCAGUGUUAAAUCAUUAAACUCUCCCUCUCUCUCUCUUUUUCUCCUCUGCAGAAACUUGUCCGGGAACCCUCUGACAACUCUCUCAUGGCAACUCUUUCAGAAUCUCCAACUUUUCGAGCUGAAACUGGAAAGAGUGGUGUUUAACUGCAGCUGCAAUAUCCGUUGGAUCCAGCUGUGGCAGCAGCGAGGCGAAGCCGGACUCCAUAACCAGCAGCUGUUCUGCAACAACGGAGUCUCCAAGAUCCCUCUACAGCUCAUGAACAUCUCACAUUGUGAUUUGCCGGAAAUCAGCGUAAGUCACAGUAACCUGACGGUGAUAGAAGGUGACAGGGUCACAAUCACCUGUAAUGGGUCAGGAGUGCCGGUACCGGAAGUGGACUGGACUGUUGGUGGACUGCACUCCAUUAACACACACCAAUCCAAUCAAUAUCCACCGAAUGUCCACUCCAUCAACUUAACUCUGGUCAACGUCAGCAGAGACGAUAACAGCUUCAUGCUGACCUGCAUUGCAGAGAAUAUAGUUGGGAUGACUAAUGCCUCAAUACAGCUUUCAGUACAGUUUCCUCCUGUUAUCAUUAAGUUUGAGGAGCCGCAGAAGUGGCACGACACGUGUAUGAUCUUCACAGUGCGUGCAAACCCCCUGCCCACCCUGCGCUGGUACUAUAAGGGUGAAGAGAUCAAGCCGACUGAAUACGUCCGUCCAGAGAUGGAUGUCUACCAGGACAAUCUAGAGGGAUGCCUCAUGUUCAAAAACCCCACACACCACAACAAUGGCAAUUACACGUUGGAGGCCAGCAACUUCCUGGGCGUGGCCAUCAAAACUGUGUACGCCCACUUCCUACGGCCACCUUUUGAUGACUACCCAGAUUAUGUGAGUCCGACUCCGACAGCUAUUCCAACCAUGACACAUCGGCCUGAAGAGGACACAUUUGGAGUGUCGAUUGCAGUUGGCUUGGCUGGCUUCGCCUGCGUUCUCCUUGUCGUUAUGUUUGUGCUAAUCAACAAAUAUGGCAGACGCUCAAAGUUUGGCAUGAAAGGACCCGUGGCUGUGAUCAGUGGUGAAGAAGACUCUGCCAGCCCCCUCCAUCACGUCAAUCACGGCAUCAUAACCCCGUGUACCCUAGAUGCCGGACCAGACGCUGUGGUAAUCGGCAUGACUCGUAUCCCAGUGAUCGAAAACCCGCAGUAUUUCCGGCACGGGCACAACUGCAGCAAGCCCACAACUUAUGUACAGCACAUUAAGCGCAGAGACAUCGUGCUCAAGAGGGAACUGGGCGAAGGGGCUUUUGGGAAGGUGUUCCUGGCAGAGUGCUACAACCUAAGCCCCACUAAGGACAAGAUGCUGGUGGCUGUCAAGGUCAGCUGGAGAAAUAAAUCUGGAGCAAUAACACUGUCUUCCAGUGACGGUUUAUCUUCCCUCAAAGCAUAUUAUUCUGGAGACGCUGUGAUCAAGAAUGAUGGUGCUGCUUUGGAAGAGCAACCUCUGAGCAAUAAAACGUUCCUCUGGGAAGCUGCUUGGCUUUGUCGGCUGCAUGGAGCUCCACCACAGCAGCUGUUGUUUGAAAGCUGUCCAGCUCAAAUUCAGAGAGGUCAAGUUUUGCAUUGUAUUUUGGCCAAAGAGCUGCCAGUGUCUCUCUCGUACCUUUGCUCUCCCCCAUCUCCACCUGAUGCCCAAGACCUCCAGACCCUUAUUACGAGUGACAGCCCCCCAGGUGGUGCUGGAUUCGUCCCCUCUGCUCUCUCCAGCCUAGCUCAUGGUCCAGAUGCAAUGAUCCUGGUUGACGGACAGCCGCUGCAGACCAAUGGGGAACUGGGUUUGUCUCAGAUGCUGCACAUAGCCAGUCAGAUUGCAUCAGGGAUAGUCUACCUGGCGUCUCAGCACUUUGUGCAUCGUGACCUGGCCACACGCAACUGCCUGGUGGGCAACGGCCUGCUGGUGAAAAUCGGAGACUUUGGAAUGUCAAGAGACAUCUACAGCACUGACUACUACCGGGUGGGAGGACACACAAUGCUGCCCAUUCGCUGGAUGCCACCAGAAAGCAUCAUGUACAGGAAGUUCACGACGGAGAGUGACGUGUGGAGCUUCGGCGUCAUCCUCUGGGAGAUCUUCACCUAUGGCAAGCAGCCAUGGUUUCAGCUGGCAAAUAAUGAGGUAAUCGAAUGCAUCACACAAGGACGUGUGCUGGAGAGACCACGGGUUUGUCCCAAGGAAGUGUACGACAUUAUGCUGGGAUGCUGGCAGAGGGAACCACAGCAGAGGUUGAACAUCAAAGACAUCCAGAAAAUUCUUUAUGCCUUGGGCAAAGCCACACCUGUCUACCUGGAUAUCCUGGGCUAGUGUUUGUUGGGAAUAUGUGUGGAUGUCUGUCUGCGUCUAUCCAUCGGAGGAACGAACAACCUGGGAUUUACCCAAAACAACACUGUCAGACACCUACAACAUGGGGAUGGACUUAAGUGCCUGCUACUCCUUUCGAUACACUGGAUAACAGUCUUUAAAAAGCACUUUUACAUUUUGUUUACCUGCAUAUAAAGAUGUACAGUUCUACUGCAAGAAGAGGAGUCUCCUUUCUUUAUUUCAUUUGUUUUUCUUUUUGUUUUGGUAAGAACAGCCUACUUUUAAACUCUAAAAAAGGAAUAAUGGAAAAUUCCCCCUAAAGUAUGAAAAAAAGUCAUUUUUUCGUUUCCUGACUGCUUGACAACUCUCCCAGUGGUUACUUGUUUU